GCGCUGUCCGGGCGCCGGCGGUGACCGACAGUAACCCCCCUGCUCGAGGAGACGCCGCGUGCGCUAUAAAAGCCCGGAGAGGGUGAAAAAGGGCUGUGAACAAAGACGGGAAGGUGCAGGGUGGACAGACAGAAAAAAAAAAAGCCAGAAAAAGGGGAACUCAGUCGGUGGGUUUAUUUCGGGCCGAUUUACAACACCUGGAGGAGUAAUUAACGAAGGUAAAAACCAGUUGGAGGUCAGACGCAGCCGCGGGAGAAGUCCAGCACCGAGAUGUCCGUCUCAACCCAGCUGGGCCUCCUGCUGUGGAAGAACUUCACCUACAGAAGAAGACAAACGCUCCAGCUGCUGCUUGAGAUUAUAUGGCCUCUCUUCAUCUUCUUCAUCCUCAUCGCUGUGAGGAUCAGCUACCCGCCAUACGAGCAGCAUGAGUGCCACUUCCCCAACAAGGCCAUGCCCUCAGCAGGGACGUUGCCUUGGGUACAAGGGAUCAUCUGCAAUGCCAACAACCCUUGCUUCCGCCAUCCUACCCCUGGGGAGACCCCUGGGGUAGUAGGCAAUUUCAACCAGUCCAUCAUCUCACGGCUGUUCUCCGAUGCCAAGAAAAUCCUGCUGUACAGCCAGCAUGACAGGAGCCUGGAGGGCUUCAAGGACUUGAUCAAGGCCCUGAAGACACUGCAGAACAACACCUCAGGUUUCAAGCUGAAGGAUUUCCUCCAUGAUAAUGAAACUCUGUCCACGUUCCUGCUGCAGAACGCUUCCUUCUCAGAGUAUGCUGUCCAGGAGAUUCUGGAGGCUGAUGUAAACUUGGAAAAUGUGCUGAUCAAAGGCUUUGGUGUGCAUCUAAAGGACAUGUGCAAUAGCACAGCUCUCAGGGACUUUGUGACAAUUGCAGACAGGGAAGUGUUGCUGCUUGCCCAGGAUAUCUUCUGCAAGUCUUCUGAGUCCUGGCUCAGGCAGGCUGAACGCAACUUCCUCUCCAACCUGGACUUCCUGAAGCCAGUUGCUAAGGAUGUUAAAACGGACGCCCGUGAUGUCCAGCAUGUCUCUGAAGCCGUGAAGAACCUUCUGGAGAGUGUGGGGUCCCUGACAGUUGAGCUGUCCAGCAUGAAGAGCUGGAGCGACAUGCGCAAUGAGAUCUUGUACCUGACGGAAAAUGCCAGCGACUCUCCCAGUGAGAUGUACCAGGCCGUGUCACGAAUUGUCUGCGGACACCCUGAGGGCGGUGGCCUCAAGAUCAAGUCCCUCAACUGGUAUGAGGACAGCAACUAUAAGGCCCUGUUUGGCAACCACAACGACAGUGAGGAGGAGGCCAUACCCAUCUACGACAACUCAUCUUCUCCAUACUGCAACAACCUCAUGAAGAACUUAGAGUCCAGCCCUAUCUCGCGCAUGAUCUGGAGGGCUCUGAAACCACUUCUUGUGGGCAAGAUCCUAUACACACCUGACACACCUGCUACACAAAAGAUCAUAAAAGAGGUCAACAGAACUUUCCAGGAGCUGGGGAUCCUUCGGGACUUGGGUGGUAUGUGGGAUGAAAUAAAGCCCAAAGUCUGGAAUUUCAUGGAGAACAGUGAGGAGAUCGAUCUGGUCCGGACCUUGCUCCAAAACAAUGCUAGUGCCAGCUUUUUCAACGCCCAGAUCAGUGACACGCAGUGGAGGGUACAGGAUGUGUCCAGUUUUCUGGCCAAGCAGUCUGAGGAUUCCCGGCCGCCGGGGACAGCCUACACCUGGAGGGAUGUUUUCAAUGAGACCGAUCGAGCUGUGCAGAGCAUUACAAACUUCAUGGAGUGUGUCAACUUAAAUAAGUUGGAACCGGUGGCCAAUGAAGAGAGGCUGAUAAACAAGUCAAUGGGGCUGCUGGACGACAGGAAGUUCUGGGCCGGUAUUGUGUUCCCAAACAUCGAGUCCAACAGUUCAGAACUUCCUUCCAAUGUCAGCUACAAGAUCCGCAUGGACAUUGACAACGUAGAGCGAACCAACAAGAUCAAAGACGCAUACUGGGAUCCUGGUCCCAGGGCUGACCCCUUUGAGGACAUGCGCUACAUCUGGGGUGGGUUCUCCUAUCUCCAGGAUGUCAUUGAGCAUGGCAUCAUCCGUGCGGUAACCGGCACCAAAGAGAAGACUGGGGUCUACAUCCAGCAGAUGCCCUACCCAUGCUAUGUGGAUGACAUGUUCCUGCGUGUCAUAAGCCGCUCAUUGCCUCUCUUCAUGACAUUGGCCUGGAUGUAUUCAGUGGCUAUUAUUAUCAAGGGUGUAGUGUACGAGAAGGAAGCCCGUCUCAAGGAGACCAUGAGAAUCAUGGGCCUGGACAAUGGGAUUCUGUGGUUCAGCUGGUUCAUCAGCAGCUUGAUACCUCUCCUAGCCAGUGCUGGCCUGCUGGUCCUUAUCCUGAAGAUGGGAAACCUUCUGCCUUACAGUGACCCAGGAGUGGUAUUCCUGUUCCUAGGCUCCUUUGCUAUUGUGACCAUUAUGCAGUGCUUUCUCAUCAGUACCUUCUUCUCCCGUGCCAACCUGGCAGCUGCCUGUGGUGGCAUCAUUUACUUCACUCUUUACCUGCCGUAUGUGCUAUGUGUGGCCUGGGAGGACUAUGUGGGCUUCGGUGCCAAAGUUGUAGCUAGCCUGCUGUCUCCUGUGGCUUUUGGAUUUGGCUGCGAGUACUUUGCAUUGUUUGAAGAGCAAGGGGUGGGAAUCCAGUGGGACAACCUGCUCUCUAGCCCCUUGUCAGAGGACAAUUUUAGUGUCACUACCUCCAUCAUCCUCAUGUACUUUGACUCCUUCCUUUACGCUGUCAUGACCUGGUAUAUCGAGGCUGUCUUUCCAGGCCAGUAUGGGAUCCCAAGGCCCUGGUACUUCCCUGUCUCUAAGUCAUACUGGUUUGGAGAAAGUGGUGACAAAACAACAGCUGUUCUGCAGGGCAAGAAAGGAAAUGCAGAGGCUGUUUGCAUAGAGGAAGAACCAGCCCAUCUGAAACCUGGCGUCUACAUUAACAAUUUGGUUAAGGUGUACAGCCAUGGCAACAAGUUGGCUGUUGAUGGGCUGACAUUGGGAUUCUAUGAAGGGCAGAUCACCUCCUUCCUGGGCCACAAUGGAGCAGGGAAGACCACCACCAUGUCAAUUCUGACAGGUCUCUUCCCACCAACAUCAGGCACAGCAUAUAUCAUGGGCAAGGACAUCUGUUCUGAGCUGAGUGCCAUCCGACGUGAUCUGGGCGUGUGCCCUCAGCACAAUGUUCUCUUCAGCAUGUUGACUGUGGAAGAACACAUCUGGUUCUACUCCCGUCUCAAGGGCCUGUCAGAAGAGGAGGUAAGGGCUGAGAUGGAGCACAUUGUGUCUGACAUUGGGCUGCCACACAAACGCAAGUCCAGGACCAGCCAGCUGUCUGGAGGUAUGCAGAGGAAGUUGUCAGUCGCAUUGGCAUUUGUUGGAGGGUCAAAGGUUGUCAUUUUGGACGAGCCUACUGCUGGGGUAGACCCGUAUGCCCGCCGGGGAAUCUGGGACUUGCUCCUGAAGUACCGACAAGGCCGCACCAUUAUCCUCUCCACCCACCACAUGGACGAAGCUGACAUUCUCGGGGAUCGUAUUGCUAUCAUCUCCCACGGAAAGCUCUGUUGUGUUGGUUCCUCACUCUUCCUAAAGAACCAGCUGGGUACUGGCUACUACUUGACCCUGGUCAAAAGGGACCACGAUCUGUCUGUCAACUCCUACAGAAACUCCAGCAGCACUGUGUCCUACAUUAAGAAGAUACCCAACUCGGCACAGGAUGAUACUGUCUCAGAAAGCAGCUCUGGCCUUGGCAGUGACCACGAGAGUGAAACCACGGCAAUCGAUAUCUCCCUCAUAUCCAGCAUGAUCUUCAAGCACAUCCCUUCUGCACGGAUGGUGGAGGACCUGGGUCAUGAGCUUACCUAUGUAUUGCCUUAUGAGUCAGCCAAGGAUGGUGCCUUUGUGGAGCUCUUCCAUGAGCUAGAUGACCGCCUGUUUGACCUGGGCAUCUCUAGCUAUGGCGUCUCCGACACCACCCUAGAAGAGAUCUUCCUGAAGGUAGCAGAGGAUAGUGGAGUGGAUGCAGAUGGCACUGUUCCAGUUCGUAGAAACCGCAGACAUGCCUUUGGAGACCACCAGAGUUGCCUUAAGCCCUUCACUGAGGGUGAUGACUUUGACUGCAACAACUCAGAUGGAGAUCCAGAGCCCCGAGAGACAGAAUGGUUAAAUGGGACACAUGCAAAGGGUUCUUACCAGGUCAAGGGCUGGAAUUUGAAGAGACAGCAGUUUGUGGCCCUGCUGUGGAAGAGGUUUCUUUAUGCCCGCCGCUCUCGUAAAGGCUUCUUUGCCCAGAUUGUUCUGCCAGCUGUGUUUGUGUGCAUCGCCCUCGUCUUUAGCCUUAUUGUUCCUCCUUUCGGCAAAUAUCCCAGUCUGGAAUUACAGCCAUGGAUGUAUGGCGAGCAGUUCACCUUUAUCAGCAAUGAUGCCCCUGAAGAUGCCAGCACACAGAAGUUGUUAAGUGCCUUGACUAACCAUCCAGGGUUCAGAACCCGCUGCGUGGAUGAAGAACCUAUACCGGGAGUCCCAUGUGAGAUGGGUGAUGACUGGACCACUCCAGAAAUUGCAGGCAGUGUGCUGGAUGUCAUCCACAGUGGUAACUGGUCCAUGGAGAACCCCUCGCCUGCAUGUGAGUGCAGCUGCGAGGAACGAAGGAAGAUGCUGCCUGAGUGCCCCCUAGGAGCAGGAGGCCUGCCCCCACCUCAGUUGAAACUCAGUAGCACUGAUACCCUGCAAAACCUGACUGGGAGAAAUGUCUCAGACUACCUGGUGAAAACCUACGCUCAGAUCAUUGGGAAAAGUUUGAAGAACAAGAUUGAAGUUAAUGAAUUCAGGUAUGGCGGGUUCUCUCUGGGAGCCAGGAAUUCUCAAAUUCUCCCACCUGCCGAAGAUAUUAAUGAUGCCAUUUCCCGAAUCAGGAACAUCUUCAGCCUUGAGCAGGGUACAGCUGCUGAUCGGUUUUUGAAAAGCUUAUCUGGAUUCAUUCAGGGACUGGACACAAAGAAUAAUGUCAAGGUCUGGUUCAAUAACAAGGGUUGGCAUAGCAUUGGGGCCUUCCUCAACGUGAUGAACAAUGGUAUUUUGCAUGCCAACCUGCCCGCAAGCAAGGAACCCAGCAAGUUUGGAAUUACUGCCUUCAACCAUCCACUUAACCUCACCAAGGAGCAACUGUCGCAGGUUGCCCUGAUGACCACCUCAGUAGAUGCCCUGGUGUCCAUCUGUGUCAUCUUUGCUAUGUCCUUUGUGCCGGCCAGCUUUGUGGUCUUUCUCAUCCAAGAGCGUGUCAGCAAAGCCAAGCACAUGCAGUUCAUCAGUGGUGUGCAGCCUUUCCUCUACUGGCUGGCAAACUUUGUUUGGGAUAUGUGCAACUAUAUUGUCCCCGCCACCCUCGUCAUCAUCAUCUUUGUCUGCUUCCAACAAAAGGCCUACGUCUCCUCAACCAACCUGCCAGCACUAGCCCUCCUGUUGCUACUCUAUGGAUGGUCCAUCACCCCGUUGAUGUACCCAGCAUCAUUCAUCUUCAAGAUCCCCAGCACAGCCUAUGUGGUCCUCACCAGUGUCAACAUCCUCAUUGGGAUCAAUGGCAGUGUGUCCACCUUUGUCCUGGAGCUUUUCGGUGGCACUGAAUAUGGUGGUGUCAAUGACAUCUUGAAGAACGUGUUCUUGAUUUUCCCUCACUUCUGCUUGGGCCGAGGCUUGAUUGACAUGGUGAAGAACCAAGCUAUGGCUGAUGCCCUAGAGAGGUUUGGUGAGAACCGCUUCCGUUCCCCCCUGGACUGGGACAUGGUGGGAAAGAACCUGUUUGCUAUGGCUGUCGAAGGUGUGGUUUUCUUCUGUAUCACCAUUCUCAUCCAGUACAGGUUCUGCAUAAAAUCCAGGUCAUGGAACGCCAAGCUGAAGCCCAUUGGCGAAGAGGACGAGGACGUUGCCCGGGAAAGGCAGCGAAUCAUGGGGGGUGGGAGUCAGGCAGACAUUCUUGAGCUGCGGCAGCUCACCAAGGUGUACAAAAGGAAGCAGAAACCUGCUGUAGACCGACUCUGUGUGGGCAUUCCUCCUGGAGAGUGUUUCGGUCUGCUUGGGGUCAAUGGGGCAGGGAAAACAAGCACCUUCAAAAUGCUUACCGGCGACUCGACUGUCACGAGUGGAGAGGCCUUCCUGGCAGGGAAAAGUGUGCUCACAGAGCUAGACGACGUCCACCAGAACAUGGGCUAUUGCCCCCAGUUUGAUGCCAUCAACGAACUGCUGACAGGUCGGGAGCACCUGGAAUUUUAUGCCGUCCUGCGGGGGGUGCCUGAGAAGGACGUAUGUGAGGUGGCAGAAUGGGGCAUCCAGAAGCUAGGCCUGAUGAAGUAUGUGGAUAAGGCAGCCGGGAGCUACAGCGGGGGAAACAUGCGCAAGCUCUCCACAGCCAUGGCCUUGAUAGGAGGGCCCCCUGUGGUGUUCCUUGAUGAGCCCACCACUGGCAUGGACCCCAAAGCCCGCCGUGCUCUGUGGAACUGCAUCCACAGUGUUAUCAAGGAGGGCCGUUCUGUCGUGCUCACCUCACACAGCAUGGAGGAGUGUGAGGCUCUGUGCACGCGGAUGGCCAUUAUGGUCAACGGUCGGUUCCGCUGUCUGGGCAGCGUCCAGCACCUGAAAAACAGGUUUGGAGAUGGGUACACCAUUAUUCUGCGCGUAGCCGGACCCAACCCGGACCCAGGGCCUGUCAUGGAGUUCAUUGAAGGAGAGUUCCCGGGUAGCACUCUGAAGGAGCAACACCGGAACAUGCUGCAGUACCAGCUUCCAUCCUCCCUCAUCCCCCUCUCUCGCAUCUUCAGUAUCCUGGCCAAACACAAGGAGCGUCUCCGUAUAGAGGACUACUCUGUCUCUCAGACCACACUGGACCAAGUGUUUGUAAAUUUUGCCAAAGACCAAAGCGAUGAAGACCACUCAAAGGACGCUUCACAGCUCAGCUCCUUCCUGCAGGACAAGAAGGUGGCGGAGAGCUUUGUGUGACCAGUUUCUUCUGAACUUCUUGAAAAACUGGAGCAGCAGAAGCCAACCAAACAAGGGUUUCUUUUCUAUGUUGCAUUCAUUUCAUCAUAGUGUUUUUUGUUCCUUUUUUUGGCAGCUGCUGUGCCUAAUAAGGGCAAAUAAGCAGAAUCGUGCUGCCCAAAGAAAGUCAAUGCAAGUCAAUGCAAAACUUCCACUUUGGUGUUCACAAGGGAGAGUCCUGCACCCCUAGGGGUGGUAAAGGACAGCAAAUGCAAAACUUGAAUAUGCUGCAAUUUUUUCUUUGCCAAGUGUUUUCUCAGCCAAGGGUUGAUGAGAGUUUGUGUUGUAAUGUCAUUCCAAUCAAUCACCAUUUGCGGUGGCAACAUUCAGGGCCUUUUCCCUCUUUUAUACCAAAUGCAGACUUUGAAGAACAAUCAGUUUUUUUUAUAGAAAUGCAAGGCCUUAGGGGAAAAUGACCAUUGACCCUUUUUGAUUUAUAAUAUGCAUUUUCAUAUUUAUAAGAACAAAUAUUUGUUAUACAUUUUUAUUAAUUUUACUCAAAUGUUGUGAGAUUAUUGAAAAGGAAAAAAAAUUUGAUUUCCAGUGCAGUGCCUGAAAUUGGUUCAGUCUUAACACUCCAAGGAGCCAUUAGAACCCCAUAAUUAUUUUUCAGCAACAAAAUUUUUAUACUUUUGGACCACUUUUCACUCAGAGUUUGAAACAAAUACCUCACUAGAAACCCAGGUCCGGGUGUUUUUAAUAUUUCAGUUCCAGCCUAGUGUUUUCAGUCAAACAUCACAUGAAUUGCUGAACAUACAUAGCAACCACCUCAUGAAGGCACCUCACUGUGUACUGGUGCUCUGAUGCAUAGGGGUGAGCUGAAGUACUCCAAAUCAGUAACUGAAGAGGACAGAAUCAUGUCAGACAGGCACUGAGUCCAAAGGCAGGCUGUCUCACCACUGGACAGGCCCAGGGACUCAGGCUUUUACUGGUGAUGAGUACUGAAACCCUUCUACUAGUGUCAUACAUUGUCUAAUUACUUUAGCAAGCCCUGAUAAGCUGCUGUAUUCACUGGGGACGUGUUUCGAUACACGCAGAGUGAUCGAGGUCUGCCAGUCUGACAAGCAGCACACCUGCCAUGUAUCCUGAACCCUGCAACCAAGUACCACUGAUGAUGUGUUGUAAAGUCAUCAGUUACAUCACCAUUUGUGCAUUCAGACAGGCCACCUCAGCCAAGUAAAUAAAGCUGAGCAUGGUCAGAUCAAUGCGGUCAGCUUUUUUCCUCCUUCCAAGCACUUUAUAUAUCAUGUUUUCUACAAUUUGUUUUGCACUGGAGUACCCACAGACAAGAAACAAACUGUUCGAUUGCCAAGAACUGUUCUAUUUUGUGUGUUUUUUUUUUGUUUUAAAGUACAAAGAAAGGUUGGGGAGAAAACCUCCAAAGAAAAUCCUGUUACUUGUCCUGUGUAGUACUUAUUUACAGAAUAAAACCUGAAAAAUCAAAA